AUGGUUUAUUUAGUUAUUUUUUUUCUAACUAUAUAAUAUACAUUAUGUGAUAAAUACAUGUAUAUUUGAUGAAGUUAGUGUUGAUUUUUGUUUAGAAGUGUUCAUGAAGCUUACUGGCUCUACCAUGGAGAAGUAUGAGAAGUUGGCUAAGAUCGGCGAGGGCUCCUACGGCGUGGUGUUUAAAUGCCGCAGCAAGGAAUCCGGCCAGAUAGUGGCCAUCAAGAAGUUUGUGGAAUCUGAGGACGAUCCGGUCAUCAAGAAGAUAGCGCUGAGGGAAAUCCGAAUGCUGAAGCAGUUAAAGCAUGUAAACCUGGUCAACCUUCUGGAUGUGUUCAGGAGGAAGAGAAGACUUCACUUGGUCUUCGAGUUUUGUGAACAAACCGUCCUCAAUGAACUCGACAAGCAUCCCAGAGGGGUUCCUGAGAUCCAGCUGAAGAGAAUCAUAUGGCAAACUCUUCAGGCUGUCAACUUCUGCCACAAACACAACUGUAUCCAUCGAGAUGUGAAACCGGAAAACAUCCUACUAACUAAAACAGGAGUCAUCAAGCUGUGCGACUUUGGGUUUGCCCGCAUUCUGACUGGCCCAGGUGAUGACUAUACCGAUUACGUGGCCACACGCUGGUACCGAGCGCCGGAGCUUCUGGUAGGAGACACACAGUAUGGCCCGCCGGUGGACGUUUGGGCUCUGGGCUGCGUCUUUGCUGAACUCCUUCUCGGGAGUCCGCUGUGGCCCGGAUGCUCAGAUGUAGAUCAGCUCUACCACAUCCGCAAGACACUGGGUGAUCUGAUCCCUCGACAUCAGCAAGUGUUUCGCUCCAAUGCUUUCUUCAGUGGAGUCAGCAUCCCUGAACCAGAUACCAUGGAGCCACUUGAGAAGAGGUUUCAUGGUGCCUCUCAGCAUGCGCUUACUGUGAUGAAGUCCUGUCUCGUGAUGGACCCUGUUGAAAGACUGACAUGUGAGGAGUUAUUAGAGCUGCCAUACUUCCAGGACGAGGGUGGAGUCGGAUGGGGACGAGAAAGCGAUCGACCCACGAGGCGUCACGAGAAAGGUGCCAGACGUAGAGUGCCAGGGGCCCAGUAUUUGCCUCAGCUUACCAGCAGCACCAUCUCCCCAGCACCCGAGCCGAAGAACAAACACAAGCCCAAGUACGACCACCAUCUCCCCAACAUCUAACCCUGAACGAGAAAUAACAACGACUGUAGAUAUGAGGAACAAUUCUAGGGCUUUCACUGCCUUAAUGUUUGAACUGGAUCUGCUUUAAAAUGAGCUGCACCUGUAACUUAUAUCACAUAGUUUUAACAGACAAACGUUAAACAGACGUGAUUAGUCUCAGCUCCGAUAAUACGUACAGUAAACGAUCGCUACCUAAUCUGGAUGUAGCUCGAGUGUCUUUAAUAACCCUAGAUUUCUCAUCUUUGUGCCAAAUCCAUCAUUAAGGUGCAGUUUAAGGAUCUAACCGAACAGAUUUUUACCGUCGCUCGUGUCUCAGCCUUUUUACAAACGAGACGUUUGAGCCGUUUGCAGGGAAGAAUCGGAAAUGUCUCUUAAACUCCUCGCAGUUAAUUACGCAUCACAUCUACAUGUUUAACGUGCAUUAAAAGAUUCGCUCUAUUUAGCUAUUUAUCUGUGAGGAAAUUCUCAUGUAUCACAUUCUGUCAGACGUCAUAAUUUACACUUUAACACACAUCCUGAAAUUAAAGUAGGAAAA